AUGGCCGCCUCCGUGACCGACGAGAUCCUCCCCUCGUCUGAGGCCUCGCCGGCCAGUCCAACCUCCUCAACCGGUCAAAUCCCCCUCGAACAACUCCCAAAACUCAAGGGUCGCCAGAAGUUGUUGCAGAAUCUCCAGCGCAUGUCGUCCAGCCCGACGCUAACCCGCCGCGGACGAUCGGCGUCGACGGGUUAUCGGCGGGACCACAAGGCGUCCUUAUCGUGUGUUUCGUUAUCGUCCGCCGCAUAUUCACCUUGUCUGGGCAAUGGGAGUUCCUCACAACUCUAUGGGGACCUAAAUCCCCGACCGGCGACACCAGGGCCGUCGGGCCCAUUGGAGGGUUCGGAUGACAAAAAUGCUCGCAUCCGCCUCGUGGGAACCGAGACACCCAAUACAUCGCGAACUAUCCCAUUGCCCUUUGACUUGCGGCCGGUCUCUCCGCGAAGCGGGACGCCAUUUGAGGGCGAUGUGCUAUCCACAGAGCUGAUCCUGCCGGAUGCGAAACCAGCCCGUACAAUUGAUUUCUGGGGUGAUAUGCCACGGGAGUUGCAUGUGGAGAUCUUUCGAUAUCUGACGCCACGCGAGAUCGUGCGCUGCUCGGCUGUGUCGAAGACGUGGCAUGAUAUGUGCUACGACGGACAAUUGUGGUGCAGACUGGACGCUGCGGAAUACUACUCGAAGAUUCCGGGUGAUGUUCUGAUUAGACUCAUUACAUCCGGUGGACCAUUUAUUCGCGAUUUGAACUUGCGAGGCUGUAUGCAGAUGAAGAGCAAAUGGUCUUCCGAUGGAGAGCGCAUUUCAGACAUGUGCCGGAACUUGAUUAACUUGUCGCUAGAAGGAUGCGUUAUUGACAAGGCUUCUAUGCACUGCUUCCUGAUGCGAAACCCGCGAUUGGAGUACAUCAAUGUCUCGGGUCUCAAGAGCGUGACCAACUCUGCCAUGAAGGUUAUUUCACAAUCCUGCCCCCAGCUGCAGACUCUCAAUGUCUCCUGGUGCAACAAUGUCAACACGAGUGGACUCUCUCGUGUCAUUCAGUUUUGUGAGCGGUUGAGGGAUCUCCGCGCCAGCGAGAUCCGUGGAUUCGACAACAAAGACUUUGCCCGGGCUUUGUUCGAGCGCAAUACCUUGGAGCGGCUAAUCAUGAGUCGGACUGAUGUGACCGACGAGACUCUGAAAGUGUUGAUGCACGGGAUUGACCCUACCAUCGACCUCCUCACCGAUCGCCCCGUCGUCCGUCCUCGCCGCUUCAAGCACUUGGAUCUGCACCAUUGCUCGGAAAUCACCGACGCUGGCUUGAAGAGCCUGGCUUUCAAUGUUCCUGAUUUGGAGGGCCUUCAAGUCUCUCAAUGUUCGGAGUUGACUGACGACUCGAUUAUCGACGUUGUCCGCACCACACCCAAGCUGUCCCACUUGGAACUGGAGGACCUAGAGAGCAUGACGAACAACGUCCUCGUUGAGCUCUCCCGGUCUCCCUGUGCUCAGUCUCUGGAGCAUCUGAACAUCAGCUACUGCGAAAACCUUGGUGACACGGGCAUGCUACAAAUCAUGAAACACUGCCCGAAGCUGCGCUCCGUCGAAAUGGACAACACCCGCGUCUCCGACUUGACUCUGAUGGAAGCUAGCUUCCGAGUCCGCAAGCGAGGAUACGGCGAGGACAUGCCCAAAAUUGGCCUACGCCUGGUUGUCUUUGACUGUGCCAACGUCACCUGGGCCGGUAUCAAAGAAGUUCUCUCAAGCAACGCCUACAUCCCUCGCACUCGCAAGUCCUCUGCCAAUCCAAUCGUGAGCGUCACCCAGACAAGCUUGGACAGUGACUCUGCGACGAGUACCGCCUUUGUCACGCCAACGUCGACCCCGUCGCCUUCGCCCACUUUUCCUGCCGAGAUUAUCCAGCUCAAGUGUUUCUAUGGCUGGCAGAUGACCGUCGAUGAACAUACGAAGCGCGUCUUGCGUGGUGAUCUCAACGCUGCGAGUCGUCUGGAUCGUAAAUGGGCGGACUAUAUGAUGGCCACUGAAGAAGCUGGUGCCGCCGGUGCUGGCGCGCGACGUCGGCGACGUCGUGCCCGCGAGGCAGAGAGACUGUACAAUGCCGAUGAAGACGAAGAUGAUAGUUACGGCGUGGGUGGAGUCUCUGCGCUUGGCGGUAGACGCCGUCGUGCUCAAAGUGGCGGUUGCACGGUGAUGUGA